AUGCCCAGCGCUGGGACCUUGCCUGCCAUCUUCCUUGACAUCAAACCCUUGAUCAUCAGCAACCCGUGGCUCUCCUGCCACUGCUCAGGCCAGCUCACACCACCCUGCUUGAUCCACUUUAUCUACCAGAGUAUUGAAUCCAAAAUCACCUCUGCUCAUCAUCACAAGCUGGCCCGGAUCAUCCUGCUUGGUCUCAACCAGGAGGCCAAACCGCAUCCAAUCAUCUACUGCACUCUCUGUCCCCGCCAGCCCCUCAACACCCUCCAGACCAUUCUUGACAUCCAUCUCGCCAGUCUGACCGGCGACCACCACAGUCAGAUUCACAUCUACAUGCUCCUGCUCUUCUGCUACCCCCAACUCCCCUUGCACUCAGCCUCUAGGAAGAGCCCCCUUGGCUCCCCGGGCACAAGAAGACCUCCACCAAACCUCAAUACCCCUGAGGCUGCCCUCUCAUCCCUCCUCCUCUCCAAGAAAACCACCACAAAUAUUGAGUCCAUCCUCUUACCACGCAACCAAGUCAAUUGA